CCCUUCCGCGUUCCUGCGGGUGCCCGCGUGCCCCCCGCCGCCCUCCCGGGUCCCCUCGCGCCCGGGAAGCGCUUCCCGCGUCCAGAAUGUUCGCCCCGCCCCGCACCUUAGAGGCAGCACUGCGUCAGCACUUUAUCCACCAGAAGGUGGUCAUUGCCUCCGCCAUAUCCAAGCCCUUCCCCUUCUUCGAGGGGCUCCGAGACAAUGCCGUCAUCACCGAGCGGCUGUACGGGGAGUCCCUGCGGGCCUGCCGGAUGCACGUGCCCGUGUCCCAGGUGGUGUACGACAUCCUCACCGCGCUGGAGAAGACCUUCAGCCUGCUGCUUCUGCAGAACCUCUUCAGCCCCGUGAACCUGUACGAGUACCCCCGCCUGCGGAGCAGCCUGCAGAGCUUCGUCAACCUUGUCGCUUCCCACAGAGGCUGGAGCAGAACCACCCCCUGCUUCUUUGAAGUGCCCAUGGUGGAUGGAACCUCCCUCCAGCUGCACCGUUCUGGCCCCAACCUAGGCAGAGCUUGUCAUCGCGCUGAGCCCCUGGCCCGGCCACCCCGCCCCCCUGGCCCCCGCGUGGCGCUUCCUGCCAUCCUCCAGCGAGAGAGACUCUCUCCAGCCACCCCGAAAAAUGACGUCGGCUCACAGGAGGUGCGGGGAGCUGGCCCGGGCACUGUGCAGGAGUCCGCCGCCCGGAGCUCCCCGGUAAAAGCGGAAGAGGAUGUUCAGGAGAUGCCCAGUGCGGCCCCAGGCCCGGCGCCAGAUGAUCCCCCUGAACCGAAUGACCUCGAAGAGCCGCAGGAGGCCCCCAGGACGCCCCCCAGCACCCCCAGGAAAGUAAAGAAAAGAAAAAGAUGUGUCUGGUCCACUCCAAAGAAGAGAUCCCAUAAAAAGAGACCCCCAAAAGGGGAAGCUGCAUCUGGCCAUGGAAUCCAAGAGCAGCUCCAAGCAGGGGGUCAGGCCGCCCCAGAGAUAGACGACACCCCGAAGAUGAAUGACACCCCUAAGAUGGACAGCACCCCAAAGAUGGAAAACACCCCAAAGAUGGAUGACACCCCUAAGAUGGACAACACCCCAAAGAUGGAUGACACCCCAAAGAUGGAUGACACCCCAAAGAUGGAUGACACCCCUAAGAUGGACAGCACCCCGAAGAUGGAUGACACCCAGAAGAUGGAAAACACCCCAAAGAUGGAUGACACCCCAAAGAUGGAUGACACCCCUAAGAUGGACAACACCCCCAAGAUGGAUGACACCCCAAAGAUGGACGACACCCCGGGGGACUUGAGGGUCAUGACGAGGGCCCAGUGGGCGAGAAUCAACUGUGCCGGAGCGCCGCCCGCACCCAAGGAGGUCAGUGGUCACGCUUCAGAGACCAACCAAGGAACUGGCGCCCAGGAGCCGUCCAGGACACCCCCGAGGCCCAGGCCAGAGAGGAGAGAAUCCAGCUGGCCGAGUCCCCGCAGAAGGUCACAGAGAAGAGGGGCAGCCACGCCCGGCCUCGGAAUCCAAGAGCCGCUCCAUGCUGCCCCGAAGAUGGACGACCCCCCAAAGGUGGACAGUUCCUCCGGGGACUUGAAGGCCAUGACGAGGUCCCAGAGGGCGAGGGCCGAGUGUGCCCCAGAGCCUGCACCCGAGGAAGUCGCCGGAGUGGAGCGUACAGCCUUUGACUCGCCCGUGCUGCCCGUGACCUGUGGGGAGGCCAGAGGGUUGUUAUACACACGGAGAAUGAAGCAGGGACCCUCCGAGAAGUGCAUCCAGAACGAGCGGGGCCUAUGGGUCACGCCCCAGGAGUUUGAAGCUGAGGGACAGCGGGGCAAGUCCAAGAGGUGGAGGCGGAGUCUGCGCUGCAGGGGCCACACCCUGGAGCAUCUGCUGGAGAAAGGUCUUUUGCUUUGCCCUCCCAAGAUGAGUGACAAAAGAGAGGGGCCCAGCCGGAAGGAGUGUGAGGUGUGCUGCGGGCAGGGGGAGCUGCUCGGCUGUGCCGGCUGCGGCCGCGCCUUCCACAGGGACUGCCACAUCCCAGCCGUGGAGACGGACAGGAAGCCGUGGAGCUGCACCUUCUGCAGGAUGAAGGAAUGUUCUGGAAACCAGCAGCGUCUCGGAGAAUCUCAGGCCCCGGCAAGGCAAAUGGAGCCAGAGGCGCAGCUGAAAUGCGAGCUGCUCCUCUUGCAGGCCUACUGCCACCCGCAAGGCGCCUUUUUCGCGGGGACCCCACACAACAUUCGCGAUUACGGCGAGCCCUUUAAGGAAGCCAUGUGGCUGGACCUGGUGAAGGAGCGGCUGGCGGAGAAAGUCUACACGGUGACGUGGUUCGUGCGGGACAUGCGCCUCAUCUUCCGCAACCACCGGGACUUUCACAAGAAUUCCGACUUGAGUUACGUGGGCCUGGAUUUAGAAUCUGAGUUUGAAAAGAACCUCAAGGAGACGCUGAUGCUUCAUGGAGCCAGUGAGAACGUAUUCCGGGUGCCCCGACCCCAUCCUGGAAUCCUGAACCCCAAGUCUGGUUCCAAGUGACAAGGACCCUGACGGUGGCUUUCCAGGCUCUGAGGUGGUGUUGGCUGCUCUCUGGACCCAAAUGCAGCCCCCGACCACCACAACCACACCCUGUACCUCCUUUCAUCAUUCCUUCUCUUAAUACCUGUGAAAGGUCCUUCGCCUGCAAAGGUGGAGCGUUUCCUUCAUGGCCUAAGUACCCCAGCACAGCUCCUGGCCUCCCGGGGUCCCUGAGUCCUUUCAGGCUGCAUUUGGUCCAUCAGUGUCCAAACACUGGGACUUACCUGUCACUUAAGUCCCUUUUCCUCUGCCAUGUUAUUUAUUUCUCCCCUUCCAUACAUUUAUUUUCUUAUCUGUUUGUUGUGAAUAGGACCCAGGUCCUUUGUCCUAUUCAGCUUUUUCGUGUUCUGUUUUUCUGGGACAUUUCUUCGUUAUAUACAUUUCUUCUGGUAUAGUUUGUGUGCGUGUGCAAAUUUGCUUAAGUUAGAUCUGAAGAUUUCCUUAGGUAUAUGCUCUGGAGGGCGUUGUUGCAGGUUUUGUUAUGUUUUGUUUUCUUCAGCAAACAGACUUCACUGGUGGGGCUACAUGUUCCUUUGUGAGGUUAGGGCAAAAGCAGCACGAUCUGCCAUCAGCCUGAUCUGUCUCCCAUCAUCCAUCAGCCUUUCACCAGCUGUUUUCAGCCCCCACAGAAACAACUGGUGCCUGUUGUCUACAUCCAUCAUUUCGACCAGGGUUCCAGAGUGAUGGUGAUGGUGUUCUGACGCUACUAUUCCUCUUCCCUAGGGUUGAAUCAGAUUUUUUUUUUUUUGGACCACACCUGGAGAUGCUUAAGGGUUACUCCUGACUCUGCACUUAGAAAUCACCCCUGGUGUGUUCAGGGGACCAUAUGGAGAUGCCGGAGCCUGAACGUGGGUCAACUGUAUGCAAGAUAAGGGCCCUCCCCACGACACUAUCGCUCCAGUUCCAGAAUCAGAAUUCUUUUGCAAAGAGCUUCCCUUCAGCAAUAUUUGGUGAGCUUGAAAUAGAGAUGACACAGCCAGGAUAGGCUAAACAUUGGAUUCCUUAUUUAAAGUGCUCAAGAUAAUGGGUUGGUUCCUAACAGCCCGUGGAUGGAGGUACCAAGGAAGGCGUUAUCUCUUUUCCUCCACAGUAUCUUAGACUCAUGGAUUUCAGUAUAGCUAAGGUAUUUUGUUUUGUUUUGUUUUGGGGUUAUACCCGGCAAUGCACAGGGGUUACUUCUGGCUAAUGCACUCAGGAAUUACUCCUGGCGGUGCUCGGGGGACCAUAUGGGAUGCUGGGAUUAGAACCCGGGUCAGCUGCGUGCAAGGCAAAUGCCCUACCCUCUGUGCUAUUGCUCCAGCCCCCUAGCUAAGGUAUUUUAAACACCGUUAGCCUUGUAAUCGAGUUACAUAUAAGGUUAGCUAUAUCAUCAUUAUAGUGUUAAGUAUAUUGUCAGGUAGAAUAUAUUUAACAGUGCAGAGAAGAGCAGCAUUGAUGCUCACGUCACCUCUCCCUUUGUGAAUGAGAGCCCCUGCCCAACAGUGACCACAGCUGACCCUGAAAACAGCAGCUCUCUAGAGCUCUGCACCAAUGGCCGUUCAGCUUCGCGCUUUGAGGGAACAGUCAUACUACUGCUCGCGGCUCUGCAGGUUGGGGUCUUGGGCGCAUCUAGUGAGAUGCUUCCCUUUGCUCUGGAAGUGUCGGCUAAGCCCAUUCGGGCUUGCCCCGAGCCACUCUGCUACAUAACCGUCAGUUAAAUUAACCCCAAAAGGAGAAGGAAUCGAUGGUGCUUCUGGGUGGGACGAGUGGUGCCUUCCAAGGAAGAGAGUCGCUUGGGAAGAGGCGUGGCGUGGCACCGUCUUGAGAGACAUCGGGGUCCUCCCUGUGCCCACGGCAGGGCUCCCCUUCCCACCUCAGAGGAGAUGCCUCGCCCACAGCCCCCGCCCCCAGGAGCCGUCGUCACAGCCAGGACCUCCUGCUCCAAGUCUGGAUUAGACAGAGCUCUGCAGUGGGUGCCCUGGGGACAGCCCUUAAGGUGCACCCCCACUGUGAACUGAAAGACAAGCCGUGCCUCCUGCCCCAAUCUCAAAAUUCAGAUUCAGUGGCCACACCAGGACCCGACAUCCACUCUGCUCACUUGCACUCAAACAGGGGAAUGGAAAACUCACAGCGGCCACUCGCCGUAGCAAUUCUGAAAUCUCACUGGGCACAUGUUACUGGUACCUCCAAGGCCAGGGCAGAGGACAGUGCUUGAUAGAGGCGAAUCACUUGCUUUACCACGGGGAUCUGGAGAGAUAGGACAGCAGGGAAGGCAUUUGCCUUGCAUGCAUCAGACCCUCGUCGAGCCCCAGGACCCAGUGUGGUACCCUGAGCCUACCGGGAGUGAAUCCCUGAGCACAGAGCCAGGAAUAAGUCCUGAGCAUAGCCUGGCCCCCAAAUGAAAACAAUGAGAAUAAAAGAUAUCGUUUCUCUAUUUCCCAUCCAGAUCUUCUAGCUUCUUCCUGGCCUUCCUCCAGUGGACUUUGUGUCUCUUUCCUCCUCUGAUGCACUAACUCACUUGUUCCUCUCAGUGCUAAGCAGCAGUGCUGGUUUCCAAAUUUCCACUCCCGUGCUAAUGUGAAAAAGCAAGCUGAAUUCUGAACUUGUGUGCAGUGUCCUUUUGUUUCUAUCAUAUGUUUUUCGGGGUUUGAACCUCCCUCAGCAGUGUCCAGAGCUCACCGAGCACCCCCAGAACGAUACUCGGGAUUCCUCCUGGCAGUGCUUGGCGGGGACUAUCUCUGGAGCUGGGGAUCGAGCGAGUGCCUUAAGCCCUGUGCUAAGUGCCUAAACCCCUAGCCCCGAUUCUGUUCUGCGUUCCCGUAUUGCAGAAGAUGCUUCUCAGGGAUUUGUAUGUGUGUUUAAUAAAUGAUCGCUCUGUGUUUUCACUUCCUUAUCCCAUUGAGCCAUCUCACCAGCCUGUUUGGUGAUGCUAAAUUACAUUUUCAUGUCAGAUGUCCUAUACAGUUAAAGAUCCAAAUUAAAGUUUUGUAUUGGGAUGGUCCAUGUUGAUGAGAGCAGCGGUGAUCUAUGUGCUUUCACUCGUCAAGUGUCCGUGAUGUCCUUUUCUUCAUGAAGCAGAGAUGACUCUGGCUUGACGUGGCCUCUCCACACGUCGCUUUGCCCUCCAGCUCACUGAAGUAUCUUGCUGAAGUGUGACUUCAAGAGGAUCCUGGGCGGCAUCAUUUAUGAGUCUCUACGUACCUUGGUUUGUCUUCUGAUGUUCUUGUAAACUGACAACAGAUUGUCUUACUGUAUAUAUGUGUGUGUGUAUAUGUACCUAUGUGUAUAUAUAUACAUAUGUGUAUAGUAUCACAACAUCUCACCCUCAAAAUUGGCAGAAGGGCUGGGAUGUGUCUGGGUGGUGGACUGCAUGCCUCACACGUGCCAGGCCCUGGGUUCGAUCCUCAGC